UCGCUUGAAAAAUUGGUUCUCCGAAACGGUUCAAACCCCACGACAUCGUGUUUCUCAUCUUGCUCUUUGCCGAGCUUGGGAUCCACCGCCAACGACGAUCAGGUACCAUUUCAAAUUAAAACUUUUUGAUUUGGAGCAAUGCCUUCUCAGAAGAUAGAGACUGGUCACCAAGAUGUGGUUCAUGAUGUCUCCAUGGAUUACUAUGGCAAGCGCAUAGCUACAGCUUCUUCUGAUACCACCAUCCAGAUCAUCGGAGUGAGUGGAUCCUCUCAUCAGCACCUUGCCACCCUAAGUGGUCACCAGGGUCCUGUCUGGCAGGUUGCAUGGGCUCACCCUAAGUUUGGAUCUAUGCUUGCAUCGUGCAGCUAUGAUGGUCGUGUCAUCAUAUGGAAAGAAGGGAACAAACCCGAGGAAUGGUCUCAGGUUCAUGUUUUCACUGAUCACAAAUCCUCUGUUAACUCCAUUGCUUGGGCUCCACAUGAUUUGGGUCUCUGCUUGGCAUGCGGCUCUUCGGAUGGUAACAUCUCAGUCUUCACUGCUCGGGCAGAUGGAGGCUGGGACACUACAAGGAUUGAUCAAGCUCACCCUGUUGGUGUGACUUCUGUCUCCUGGGCCCCAUCAAUGGCACCUGGCGCUCUAGUUGGUUCAGGUCUUCUUGAUCCUGUCCAGAAACUUGCCUCCGGUGGCUGUGAUAACACGGUUAAAGUGUGGAAGCUUUACAAUGGGAGCUGGAAGAUGGACUGCUUUCCUGCCCUGCAGAUGCAUUCUGAUUGGGUUAGAGAUGUCGCUUGGGCUCCAAAUCUUGGCCUACCGAAAUCAACCAUUGCCAGUGCUUCCCAGGAUGGAACAGUGGUUAUAUGGACGGUUGCCAAGGAAGGAGAUCAAUGGGAAGGCAAAGUUCUUAAUGAUUUCAAGACCCCAGUUUGGCGAGCGUCGUGGUCAUUGACCGGCAAUAUAUUGGCUGUGGCUGAUGGGAGCAACAAUGUCACACUUUGGAAGGAAGCCGUAGACGGUGAGUGGCAGCAGGUUACAACCGUGCAACCAUAAAUAAGAUUCAUAGUUCUUCUAAAGACAUCCUUGCUACAUUCUAGAAUUUCUUUUUUCCAUAGCUUCUUUGAAGGAAAUCCUUUUUUCUGGACAUGAAUGUUUUCAAAGUCAUGAACUGGGGAUAUUUACUGUUCAAUUUUCUUAUAUUUUGUACUAGAUUGAUUGAUCUUAUGGUUUUUUCUUAUGAGUCUCAUGUGUAUGAAUUAGACUUUGUUUUUGGAACGUUUGCUUGCCUACUAAAUGUUCCCAGGUUUUUCUGAUUA